CCUGCCCGUUCUGCAUGGUCAUGACCAGUCACUACGCACCCUCCACAGCCCGACUCAUCCUAUUGGUCCUGCUCACUGUCACUCCACGGCUGACCGCCACCCCUGUGGGUGGGGAUGGGCAGAGGGAAGGGCACUCUAGGACACACCUUAAAGAGGACAGUCUCAACCCCUUCCACAGCCCUCUAGAAAUCAGCCCCAGCCCCCUCCGCUACCCUUUGGACCAGACCCAGGACCGGAUAGAGGACCAGGAACAGAGCUAUGGUGGCCCUACAAACAUGGACCCUGCCCAGGCUCUAGCCGCUAUGUUACUGGAGGCCCUGGACCACGCUGGGAGAGGAGAGGGGGAUCCAGUCCCUUUGGAGGAAAGAAGGGAUGAGGAGACAAGGAAAGAGGAGGAGGAGGAGGAGAGGAGGGUGGGGGAGAGAAGGAUGGAACAGCUAGGACCAGCAUUAGUGGCAGCAGCUCUGGGAGAGGAGUUAAGAGAGAUAGAAGAAGAGGAGGAGAGGGAGGAGAGGAAGAGGCCAGAGGACAGAAGCUGGCUUCUAGAGGAAGACGGGGACAGAGCUGGUGGUGGCGGUGAGGAGGGAGGACAGCAGAAGGAAGAGGAGGAGGAGGAAGGUGAAGCAGGGAGAUGGGGAGGUGAAAAGGAGAAAAGAGCAGAGGGGAGUAGGAUAGGAGAUGAUAGGAGGCCUAUUGACCUCCAGCGGAAGGCUCGGGGCUACUUCCAGAACAUAGACCUCGGUCUCCAAGACAACGAGAUUCUUCCCCCUCUGAAGGGGUACAAGGCCUACAACACCCAGCUGGCACAGGCUGGGAAAAAGCUGCACUGGGAGGAGGAGCGGGCACGCAACACACCCCUAGGGGGCAACUUCAUGGACGACUUUGAGAAUGAAGCAGAGGAAGAGGCGGCUUUGUCGAUGGUGGAGGAGGAGGAGGCUCGUGCGCGUGCAGAGCAGCAGGAGGUGCAACGGCAGCAGGAGGAGGCAGAGAGGGCUAGAGAGGAGGAGCAGAGGCUGGCGGACAUCGCCUCGGACAUGUUGCUGCAGUACAUGGGGAGACAGAAGCAGCAGGGGGCGCCCUACCUCAUGGCCAGACAGAAGGCCGGCGUCAACGCUGCUGAAGACAAGCGCUCCGAGGAGGUGGUAACCGACGGCGACGACCUGGACCAGCAGAUGAUUGACAGGCUGAUCGAGAUCAGCAGCAAGCUGCACCUGCCGGCCGACGACGUGGUCCAGAUCAUCUCCAACGUAGAGGAGAAGAAGAAGAGGAAGGAGCUGACGUCGCUUAGCAACCCGGUCGCCCCGCGUUACCGGCCCCUAGUUCCCCCUCCCCUAGUGACUGGCCCCAUGUACCACUACACAGCCUCCUCCAACCCCAAGAAGGACCCUUACUACCAGCCCUACAAGAACAAGUGGAACAAGGACAGAGCCAAGGCCAAGGCCUACAAGCAGGGCGCCUGGUUCAAACCCCAGAAGCAGUUCCUAGCCUUCCCGUCCUACCCCUACUACCAGAAACCCUACCGUGCCUACUACCCUGUGUUCUUCCCCUACCCCAAACCCCAGUACUACGACAAUACUCCCAUGGGGGAGGAGCUACCCCACAGCCCGCCCUUGGACUAUGAGCUCCGGCCUACCAGGCGCAGACACAGGGCCGGGGGCAGGGCCAGAGGUGGAGGUAGGCAUGGCUGGAGACAGCAGCCCCUCCCACCCCGUCUUCCCUCCUCUCCCUACAUCUCCAAUUACAUCCUGCCACACCCCCGGACAUAUCAGCCACUGCCUAAACCCCUCUCCCCCCAGAACAGGGGCAGGCAACCCCCGUUCUACUACCCACCUGGGCCUGGGGGCUUGGGUGUAGCUGGGGGGAGGGUGGGAGGGGACUAUGAAGAUGACGAUGGGCUGGUUCCUCAGCUGGACAGUCAAGAGGAACUGGAAAACUUUAUAUCCAAAAUAUACAUGAAACGCAGAAUGUACUAGAGACAGAAGGACAGACAGACACUACCGCAGGACAAAGGGACCAAACAGGGGGAGGGAAGAGAGUAAAUAGGCUGGAUGAGAGAGAAGGAUAGGAUUGGAGGAGAGAGAAGGAUAGGAUUGGAUGAGAGAGAAGGAUAGGAUUGGAUGAGAGAGAAGAAAGAAAGAGAGGGUGGUGGUGAAAGAUUGCUUGUCUGUUGUUUUUCACAUUUUUUUUAUUUUUUUUAUUUGUGACCAGGGGAGGGAGGAGGAGGAGGGGAGGGGAGAGAGACG